GGUUUCUCAAAGAAAGUAGAUCUAGAUUAGCUUUAUAAGCUUGUUGAGUUCAUUUAUCACUACUGGGAAAGUAGUUACUUGAUUUUGCCGAAUGCAUUGAAAUCUCUCUUGAUCAGUGUCAUUCCAAAUGCAGACAGAACGUGUAAGAAUCGUUGCUCAAUCUGGGUACGAUUUCGAUUUUUCACACGAUCGAUCGAUAGCACAAACGGGAGGGGGGGGACGCAUCACUGUUUUGGACGCGUUCUCGGCGUUUAGUUGUGCAUAUUGACACUACUAGGGGCAAAACCGUGAAAAUGAAAUUACCCCCUCAACCGUUAACUUAUAAACUAAUAUCCUUGCCGUCUUUACACCCAUGUUUAUUAUUGCAAAACUCAGGAAGAUACCUUUUCCCACGCUUCAUGCGGUCUUCCAAGAGCGGACUAGGUGGUAACCGGUUCCUUGCGCCAAUCGCAUUGCUGGGAAAACCCCGCGCGUUAAACAGGAAUGACUUCUACUAGUUAGGACUGAGUUAAAUACGUUACGAAAACGACAUUAUGUAAAAAUGUGCUAGAGAGUACUUUCAAGACAUGAAUGAUCAAAGAAUGAUUCGCAUUAGAUACGAGACUUAACGAAUGCAAGCUGUGAUCGAUUAGAAGACAUCUAUUUGUGGCGCCAUAUUGUUGUCGUAAUCAUUUCCAUCCUCCCGCGAAAGGCGGCGUGUGAAAGUUUUCAAUCAUUCAUACAAUCCCCUUAAAAUCACUUGCUUGACCUUUCCUGGAAAUUUGAAGUCUGAUACUGCUACUGUUACGUUUGAUUUAACUUUCAAUGUACGCUAAAUCAUUGGAAUCAACCGCGAGUCCCGCGAAAACACUUCAAGCGACUUGCGCGAUAACCGGACAUUUGGGGAAUACCCUUGAGGCCUGGUCACUCAAUCGGCAGAAAGUGAAGUUGGCAUCCCCCGUGCGAUAGUUUUGUCUCCGACUGACGUUUGAAUUUUUCAUUUGAUUUUCGUCAUAGUACCAGCCAGGCUCUGGAAAAGUGGAGGCUACAACAAAACGAUGUCAAGUUCGUCAAAAACUAUUUGUUUAUUCCGUUUUCUCCCAUAAUCGUGUGCGGUCGUGGAAGCACGUGUGGAGAGAUGUGUACUCAUGCGCAAACAGCAGCAAGAUGGCGCGAAUGAAAUAUCCUGGAACUAACAAGGCCCGAUGUGUGCCGGAGAAGAAGAAAAAAUUCAGCAUGUCGAAAGGGAUGAAAACACAGCAACUAGAAAAAAUGCCGAAGAGUUCAGUAAUCAGACCAGUUUUCAUCAGCCUUCGGAGAUAUCGCGAAAUAUUUGGAGAUUCCGAUGAAGAGGAAGAAGAAUUCUAUGGCUUUCGAGCAGAGGAGCUGGGUCUUAAGGCGUAUCGCUCGUUUUCUGUCAAAGACUAUCUGGAUGGCAGCGAAAGAGUGAGCUAUAGAAAAGAUGGCGCUCGCGAUCUACAUUCACGAUAUUCGGUUGGUAAUUCGGCUAAAGUAUCCACAGCUGAAUCCUCUCAGCGUAAAAGUAACACAAAGGAAACAGAAAGCAAGCCAGUUGGUACGUCCUCGAGUCCAAACGUUUACGCGAAGCAGUACAGAAAAAGGGAUUCGUACGAAAGAAGAUUCGCGCGAACUGAAUUCGACAAGACUUGUCUGUCACCGAAUGUGAAAUCAACAACUCAAGUCAGGGCGAAUUUUGUACCGCGAGUCCAGAAACCUGUGCAACGAGAGGGCAGCAAUCGUCACUUUCCGGUUAACACAUACGAGGUCAAUUUAUUUCCUUACAGUAAAAAGAAAACGGUGCCUUUGGCGAAACAAUUGCUGGCAAAAGCGAAGGAGGGCCAGCGAAUUCGGAAGCAAAGAAAGUUGGACGCGGUAAACAAAGAUAGCCAACAAGUGCGAUCGCGAUUUGGACGAGUUGUAAAGAGUAAAAAGUUAGAUUACGACGAUGUUACAUCGCCGAAAUACAAAGGCAAGGGACAUGACGCGAAAACUGGGCCAUCAAGUCAUCGAGGAGCACACAAAAGGCCUUUAGAAGAUGGCGAAUGUCCCCCUAAAAAAACCCUGCGAGUGGCGGAGGUAAAAUUGGAAAAAAUGGAUUUACCAGGCGAUCAAAGAGUCUACGUGAAUAAUCCAGAGUCACCCACAGGCUUUGAAAUCCAGCCUCUCAGUGCCACAGAAGCAAAGUCUAAUUUUGAAUUCACGGACGUGUCACAUCAAGAUCCUUCCAUGGAUAUGGCGCCUCAGUAUUGCUCUCUCACCAGGAAAGUCCGUAUCAAAAAUGCGAACAGAAUAAAAAAUGUCAUGAAGGCAAGGAAUCGUUAUCAGCAGGCAAAAUUCCCUGGUCGUGGACAGAGGGCAAAAACUGUUAGAACUUCCAAUUCAUCACAAGCUUCAUCACUCAAUGAAGUUAUUGGGAAUGAUUUAGACAAUAACCAUAUAAAGAAAUCUGCGAGAAUUAAACUUAAGAAAAAACCUAAAGAAUUGUCUGCAAACAAAUGCAGGGAAGAAGACUUAGAGGACCAAGCUAGUGAUACCUCGUCAAUUUCAGAGGUUUCAACUUUAGGUAGUGAUGUUUCCAAUAGAAAAACUAACAGAUAUGUGUUUAAAUCAAAACGCUUGCAAGAGUUGCAAGAGAAAAUGGACAGCGAAACAAUGGAGGAUGUAUCACUGGCAGAAGAAACUAGUUCAGGAGAUUUAAGUAGAAGAAAUUCUAAGGAUCAGAAGCCAGAGGAAAGUGAAGCCCGUGUUAAUUCGGAAAAUGAAAGGAACAGCCAUCCAAGAUCAAGAAGACAGAGUCAAGACCAAGAGGAAAAUCAUACAAAUGAAGAUCAAGAUUCUGAAGGACCGGCAGUACCAAAGAAGAAAAAACGAGUAAGUGGGAAAAAGACUUCUUUACCUAGGCUGCAAUCGUUGAAAAAUGAUGAUGAAAUUCCCAGCUCAAGUGAGGAUGAGGAGAGCUGUAAGCCACUUGCACAGAUCAAGAAAUAUAUCAAGAAAGAACAAGUAAAAGAGGCACAGGAACCCCAAGAGAGAGUUGUGAAAAAAGUUAUCAAGGUGGUAAAGAAAAUAAGAACAAAGAGUGGGGAGACAAAAACAAAGGUUGUGAAAAUCAUCAAAAAGAUUGGUGUAAGAAAGAAAGCAAAGGAUGCCUGUAAAGUGGUUCCAGGAAGGAGGCGGAGCCGCUGCGGCAGCUGUAGAGGGUGCAGAAUUACAGAUGAUUGUGGUGUUUGUCGCUGGUGCAAGGACAAGCCAAAGUUUGGUGGACCAGGCACUAGCAAACAGUCAUGUGUGAAACGCAAGUGCAUUAACCCACAGCCUCCAAAACCACCAGGUGAAACUACUAAGAGAGCUGAGAAAGUUUCUAAUGUACCAGUGAAGAAGAAGAAGCUGACAGCAAAGAAUGAACUUACUCUUAAAGGGAAACAUUCUAAGAAAGGUCAAAGCCAGUUGCAGCCCUCUGCCAAGAAACCUGCUGCUCCAGCGAAGCCUCCACCGACUGGCAAAAGACAAGCACUUGUGGACAGACCUCUAGUCAAAGUACCUUGGAGUGACAACAGUACAGAGGAAGAAAUCUGGAAGGAAGGAUUUGCAGUUUGCUUUACAGCUGGUGUGCCAAGUAUAGUAAAGGAGCUCUGUUUCCUCUGCGGCAGCAGGGGUCAGGAAAAGAUGUUUUACUGCAGAGUGUGUGCUGAGCCUUUCCAUGGGUUUUGCCUUGAUGAGGAACCAGUGGAUGAAAGUACAUGGUGCUGUGACAAUUGCAGUAGUUGUUCUGUUUGUGGAUAUCAAGACAAGGUACAUUUCAUGGCGAAACAGGGCUGUCACUUAGGGCCAAGCUGUUCUUUUAUUCCAGCAAUAAGAGAGGUUGUUUUGUGGAAAGUUGUGAGAACUGCUGGAGAUGAUCCUGAAGCGCUGUGGAUGCUUGAAUUUACACAUUGCCAAGACUGCGGGCGUCAGAGGGAACAGAACAACUUCUGCCCUCUGUGUGACAAAUGCUACUCUGAUGAUGACUUUGAUUCUCAAAUGGUGUACUGUGUCCAGUGUGACCACUGGGUUCAUGCCGAGUGUCAAGGCAUCACUGUGGAUCAGUAUGAGUGCUUGCGGGAUUUGCCAGAGGAUGUACAGUUCAUUUGUAAACAGUGCUGCGAGGAUCAAUUGACGUCAUCUUGGUAUAAAGAGCUGAUGGAGGAAAUGGAGGCAGGAUAUGAACGGAUUGUAGAUGAGAUCAAAUCUUGCAAGGCAUACCAGCAAUUUAACUCUCAUUUUGAACAGCUUCAAGCUGACAAUGGCUAUCCUAAAGACCUGGAUGCAAUUAUGGCAAAAGUGAAAGAGCAAAAGUACAUCACAGUGGAAAGCUUUUGUGAAGAGGUGACAAAGGUGUUAGACAAAGUCUUUGCCCUUGUAAAGCCAGACCCUGAUCUGACUGAACAGUGGAGCUCUCUGUAUAUUACAUUUUGUAAGGAACUAGCGUCAAUGUUUCCGUGGCAUAACCUCAAGGGUAAAGGAGAUUCUGAGGAGAAAGAUGAGAACAGUCAAGUUUCCCCUCCCAAUGGAAUGAUUGGACCCAGUAUCUGCUUUGAGUUUUGGGAUCAUUCUUAUGUUUCCAUGAAGAGCAGCCAAGAAAACUCUGACACACCACUGGAGGCAAAAUGCCCAUUACCUUCCACAGAAACUCUUCCGUCUAGUUCUUUGCCCUCACAGCAGGAGUUGAAUGCUGAGGAGGAAAAGAUGGAGGUGGACGAUAACCAAGAUCAAGAAAAGGACAAAGUAGCUGAUGAGGAGCUCAUGGAAACAGACAACAACGCUACUGAAGAACAACAGCAGCAACAGCAGUCAUCGAAUGCGGAGGUCGAGGAUACCAGGAAGUGUCUCCUUUGUGGUGUGAUGAGAGACGCUGACCCUCCUGGAGCUGGUCGUCUUCUGUGUUGUGGUUUGGAUGAGUGGGUGCACGUCAACUGCGGUCUGUGGUCAGCGGAAGUGUUUGAAGAUGACGAGGGCCGUUUACAGAAUGUUCAAGUAGCAAUAUCGAGAGGAAAACAGAUGAAAUGUGAACAUUGUGGAGAAGUUGGGGCUACUGUGGGCUGUUGUGAGCCCCGCUGUCCCAUGAAUUAUCACUUCAUGUGCGCAAGAAACGCAAACGCCGAGUUUCAAGACGACAAGAAAGUGUACUGUGCUCAGCAUUCCUUCAGAACCAAGAAAGAGUUGCUGAUGCGCGAUGAUGACUUCUGUGUGGAGCGCCGUGUUUGCGUGGAUAUGAGUAAAAUCCGAGCUACAAAGAAGCUGUCAAGAGGAUUUGAACCUCAUUCUAUUAACCUUGUGCAAGGUAUGUAA